CGCUCAGGGCAUGGUUCUAUUUCGAAGAAAUAAAAUCCUCAGUUGCGCGUUGAAGAUCGAGCUGGACGGUCGAAAAAAGAAAGGUUUGGAAGGAGGAUUGGAAUAAAGUGAAAAGUGGUAAAGUGAAGAAGUGGAAGAAUAUUCAAAUGAGAAGCUGGUGCAGAUAAGUGGAAUAUUAAACUUUGUGACUUGGUGAUAAUAACCGCAGAAGGCAUAAAGAGAGGAGCAGACUGUAAAAAAACAACCAUGAACUCACAACGUGGCAUCUGACGAUAGUGAUCAUUCUCUCCAAGAAGGCAAAUCUGAAUCUUCAACAGAUUUUUCUGUUUCGGACAACUCCAGGAAUCAGAAGUCGUCGGUAUCUGCUAGGCGCCUCCACCCCCAUACGCGGUCAAAGCCAUGGGUGGUAGCGGAGUUCAGCUUGUAUCGAUCGCACUGAUGCUAUCCGCCGCGAUAGCAACGGUUCGGUCUGAACUUACGCCACCGUACUUCAAUCUCGCCGAGGGACGCAAAAUUACCGCAUCGGCUACUUGCGGUGUGGACACGGACGGUGGAGAGCUGUACUGUAAACUCGUCGGUGCAAACACUGAAAACGACCAAAACCAAUACUCGGUUAUUCAAGGACAGGUCUGUGACAUAUGUGACCCAAACAUACCGGACAAAAACCAUCCGGCUGAGUAUGCUAUCGAUGGGACGGAAAACUGGUGGCAGAGCCCUCCACUUUCCAGAGGGAUGAAAUACAAUGAGGUUAACUUGACCAUCGAUUUCGGACAGGAAUUCCAUGUGGCCUAUUUGUUCAUCCGUAUGGGCAACUCACCCCGUCCCGGGCUGUGGACGUUGGAGAAAUCAAUCGAUUACGGCAAAACAUGGCAGCCGUGGCAGCAUUUCUCCGACUCCCCGGCGGAUUGUGAGACAUAUUUCGGUUACGAUAGCUUGCGGCCCAUCAUGCACGACAACGAUGUUAUUUGUACGACCGAGUACUCGAAAAUUGUGCCACUCGAAAAUGGCGAGAUUCCGGUGAUGUUGCUGAAUAAUCGUCCAUCGGCGAACAACUACUUCAAUUCAACGGCUCUGCAAGAGUGGACACGUGCAACUAAUGUGAGGAUUCGUCUGCUUCGUACAAAGAAUUUGCUGGGUCAUCUGAUGUCUGUCGCCAGGCAAGAUCCUACCGUCACACGAAGAUAUUUCUAUUCCAUCAAAGAUAUUUCCAUUGGAGGUCGCUGUAUGUGCAACGGUCAUGCUAAUACCUGUAAUGUGCUGGAUCCACGCUCACAAACGAGAAUCCUGGCGUGCCAGUGUCAGCAUAACACUUGCGGUAUCCAGUGUGCCGACUGCUGUCCUGGGUUCGAGCAAAAAAAGUGGCGUCAGAAUACCAACGCUCGGCCGUUCCAGUGCGAACCAUGUAAUUGUCAUGGUCACUCGAGUGAGUGUAUCUACAGCGAUGAAAUCGAUGAGAAACGCCUGUCGCUCGAUAUCCACGGUAACUUCGAGGGAGGCGGUGUUUGUCAGAACUGUCAGGACAACACCGAAGGUAUCAACUGUAACAAGUGUAAGAACACCUUCUACAGGCCGUACGGAAAACACUGGAACGAAACGGAUGUGUGUCAGCCUUGCAACUGUGAUCACUUUUACUCUACCGGGAAUUGCGAGGAGGAAACGGGUCGAUGCGAAUGCCGCACCGAGUUCAAUCCACCCAAUUGUGAUUCGUGUUCCUAUGGUCAUUUUGGGUAUCCAAACUGCCGACCAUGCGAAUGUAACCUCAACGGAACGAUCGGAUAUCACUGCGAGGCGGUCAACGGAGAGUGUCCGUGCAAACCGAACUUCGGAGGCUCGCACUGCAGACAGUGUGCCGAGGGGUACUACGAUUUUCCAGAGUGUGAACCAUGCGGAUGUAACGAGAUCGGCUCGGUGAAUCACGUUUGUAACUAUGAAUCCGGACAGUGCCAAUGCAAGCCAAACUUUGCCGGGCAGCUUUGCGAAAAGUGCAAGGAUGGAUUCUUCAACUACCCCACGUGUUCCUACUGUAACUGCGAUGUGCGUGGAACCCUCGACGAGGUUUGUGACAAGGGAACCGGCAAGUGCUUGUGUCGCGAGGGUUAUGGCGGACCCCGCUGUGACCAAUGUAUUCCUGGUUACUACAACUAUCCGGACUGCGUUCCCUGUAAUUGCUCUGGAGCAGGUAGUGUCUCCACUGUUUGUGACAUCACCGGAAAGUGCGCCUGUUUACCGAAUUUCUCCGGACGACAGUGUACCAUGUGUCUCCCGGGAUAUUAUCAGUAUCCGGAGUGUUUGCCCUGUAACUGUGACUCUCACGGAUCGAAUGGACUGUCGUGUAACACUGAAGGUCAGUGUCAGUGUGCUUAUAACUUCGAUGGAAAAACAUGUAACCAAUGCAAGGAAGGGUUCUACAAUUUCCCCGCUUGUGAGGAAUGUAACUGUGACCCGGCUGGAGUUAUUGCGAAGUUCGCCGGUUGUGGGUCGGUACCUGCUGGAGAGUUGUGUCAGUGUAAGGAGCGCGUUCAGGGAAGAAUUUGUGAUAAGUGUAGGCCGCUAUACUGGAAUCUGAACGCUAGCAAUCCGCAUGGUUGCGAGGAUUGCGAGUGUUUCAUCGAUGGAACCAUUGGGGCGUUGGAUACGUGUGAUACCAAAUCUGGUCAGUGCGCGUGCAAACCAUCGGUAACAGGUCGCCAAUGUUCCGAGUGUAAGGAUGGAACCUUUGAUCUGUUUGGUGCUAGCUUGUUUGGUUGCAAGGAUUGCGGAUGUGACAUAGGAGGUUCCGCAGGAAAUGUGUGUAACAAAGAGACCGGUCAAUGCAAAUGUCAUCCAAGAAUUGCUGGCAGAACUUGUACCUACCCGUUGACCACCCAUUUCUUCCCCACUUUGUAUCAGUUCCAGUUUGAAUAUGAGGAUGGGUACACUCCUUCAGGGGCACAGGUUCGUUACCAAUUCCACGAGGAUGUUUUUCCAGAUUUCAGCAAACGUGGAUAUGCCGUUUUCUCGGGUUUGCAAAAUGAAGUAAUCAACGAGGUUAGCGUCAUGAAAUCAUCCGUUUAUCGGCUCGUGAUUCGCUACAAAAAUCCCACUCAAGACAAUGUGAUCGCCCAAAUUCUAAUCGUCCCAGACAACCCAACUGAACUCGAACAGAAGGCGAAGGUUCUCUUCAAGCCGAACGAUCACCCGGAAUUUGUAACAGUCUCCGGGGCGAAAGGAGAGAUCCCAUCUCCGGUUGUUUUGGAUCCGGGACGGUACACAAUUAGCAUCAAAACCGACCGGAAUGUACUCCUGGACUAUUUUGUUCUGCUACCUGCAGCAUAUUACGAAGCACCUAUUCUAACCAAGAAAAUUGAGAAUCCGUGUGAGAUCGCUGAUUUGGGAUUAUGUCGUCACUUCAAGUACCCCAACAUAAUUGAAUUUAAGCCCCAACUGGAGGCGUACAUCGUUGACGGUGAAGAUUCAUUCAAGCCCGGAGAGUACUUCAAGGAUUAUGAACACUUGGAUGUGAUCAAGGAGGAGAAUCUCCCUCUGUUGACUGUAGAGCAGAACGAGCUCAACUACGUGCUGGAUGUACCUCGACCCGGUAGAUACGUGCUUGUGGUCGACUACAUCACAAACCGUAACUACCCGGAAAUCUCUGUUCUGCAGAUCAAUCAAAUUGGGGAUAUCGAGCAAGAUGGCACCGUCACGGCGUACCCUUGCACCUACACAACCGUCUGUCGGCAACCGGUGAUCGAUAAAGAAUCUCGGGAGAAGGUCUUCUACAUUGACCCGAACAAUCGUAAGCCAAUUAUCAUUUCAAGUCAGGAACCAAAUGGAGCGAUUGCGAUCAAAUCGGUCACCGCUAUCCCGUAUGAAGAAUGGUCCAUCGAUUAUAUCAGCCCCAGCCCGGUCUGCGUGAUGCAAAAUGGCGAGUGUGUGUCGACAACCUACCGGACCGCACCAGAUUCCAAGAAGAUCGAUUUCGAGACGGAUAACGAGGAUCGCGUAGCGGAGGUGAAUCCAAGUGAGUUGUCCGAUAACUCGACGAAGCUUAUCUACUUGGAUAAGGACGAUCCAGCGUUGAGUAUCAAAACCAGAGUCCCACAUCCCGAUCGCUACGUGAUCAUUGUUAAAUAUUACCAACCCAAUCAUCCGAUGUUCAACAUUCAGUACAGGAUCGAGACGGAGCGGCAAAAUUUUGAUCAUAGGCUACCGCUUAGACAUUGUCCGGGAAAUUCCGGCUGCCGAGAAAUUUUGAAGCAGGACAAUGGAUACAUUUGGUUUGAUUUGGAGGACAUUGCAUUCGAUAUCACGUUUAUAAGUGGGGUAACGAAGGGGGUUUGGUUGGAUUACAUACUGCUUGUGCCGGCUGAUCAGUUCAACGAAGAUUUGCUGCAGGAGGAGACCUUCGAUCAGACGAAAGAGUUCAUCCAAAAAUGUGGACAGGAUCAUUUCCACAUUCAGCUGAAUGCAACCGAUUUUUGUAAGGAGGCGGUGUUCUCUCUUACGGCGGACUACAAUAGUGGGGCGCUUCCAUGUAACUGCGACUACUACGGAUCGACCAGCUUCGAGUGCGAACAGUUCGGUGGUCAGUGCCAAUGUAAACCGCACAUUAUUGGACGUCAGUGCGAAGCCUGUAAGACUGGGUACUACGGGUUCCCGGAUUGUAAACCUUGUGAUUGUCCGUCGACCGCGCUCUGUCAGAAGGAUACCGGUGAGUGUAUCUGUCCGGAUCGAGUGACCGGUGAGAAGUGUGAUCAGUGUAUGCCUUACACCUUUGGGUACGAUCAGAUCAUUGGUUGUGAGGAUUGUAACUGUAAUCCGCUGGGUGUGGCCAGAAACAAUUUGCAGUGUGAUCUCGAGAGUGGCGUGUGCGAAUGUGGAUCCAACGUGGUAGGCAGAACAUGCGAUCGGUGCCAAUACGGUUUCUUCAAUUUCCCUCACUGCGAGCCGUGCAAGUGCGAUAUUCGGGGAACGACGUUUGAGAUUUGUGAUCAGGACGACGAAACCUGUUUCUGUAAGAAGAAUGUACAGGGCCGGGAGUGCAAUAAGUGUGUGGAUGGCACGUACAACUUGCAGGCUACGAAUCCCGAGGGAUGCACCAAGUGUUUCUGUUUUGGUCAUACGUCCGUUUGUGACAACGCCUUCCUGAGACCAUUCAAUGUCAGCAUGAUGAAGGACGUUUCGCUGAACACCAUAUCGAUCACGGGGGGAAAGCACCAAAUUACUCGAUGGAAUGUUCAGGGGGAUAUCAUGAUCAACGAGACUACAGCUGAGGUAGCCUUGAGUGAUGUUGACAACGAAGAACUUCUAGCCGGCUUGGUCUAUUUUGGUAUGCUGGAUUAUCUGCUGGACUUGAACAGCCACAUCACGGGUUAUGGGGGACAGCUCACCUACAAGCUCCAAUAUACGAAUGGUCUGUUUGGAAAUGCAUUGAUCGGACCGGAUGUCAUCUUGGAAGGAAAGAAUAUGGUGGUUACCCAUCAGAGCAUCCAACAGCCGGCAUCGAAUACGCUCUUCGUUGGGCACGUCCAGAUGGUGGAAACCAACUUCCAAACCGUUUCCGGAGGUCCCGUGAGUCGAGAGCAAUUCAUGAUGCUGCUGAGAGAUCUUAGUGCUAUCUACAUUCGUGCUUCAUAUUGGGAGAAUGGUCUGUCGACCAUUGUCUCGGAUGUAAGCUUGACUAUGGCCCAUAAUGAUCCUGGAAAUUACGACAUGUAUGAGGAGCUAUCGGUAGAAAGUUGCUCCUGUCCGCCAGGUUACACAGGAUUAUCUUGCGAAGACUGUGCUCCGGGUUAUUAUCGCGAUCCCAACGGUCCAUACGGAGGCUACUGCAUUCCGUGCCAGUGUAACGGACAUGCCGACACUUGCGACUGCAACACUGGCAUCUGUAAUGAAUGUCAGCAUUACACAGUGGGAGACCAUUGCGAUCAGUGUAUUGAAGGGUACUACGGGAACGCGACGCGAGGAUCUCCCAACGACUGUAUGAUUUGUGCUUGUCCACUACCAAUCGAUUCGAACAAUUUUGCCACAUCUUGUGAUGUUUCGGAGGACGGGUAUAGAAUUCACUGUGAAUGCAAACCUGGCUACACCGGUGAGAAGUGUCAGAGUUGCGCCCCGGGAUUCUUUGGCGAGCCGGAGAUCGAGGGUGAAGUGUGUAAACCGUGCGAUUGUUCGGGUAACAUCAAUCCAGAUGAGCCUGGCUCGUGCGACUCUGUGUCGGGUGAAUGUUUGCUUUGCUUGAACAAUACUUCCGGACGGGCUUGUAAUCUUUGCGCACCUGGGUUUUACGGGGAUGCCAUCCGUCUGAAGGACUGUCAAAGUUGUAUCUGUGAUGAGUCUGGUACGGAACACUGUGACAACUUCAUUGGAACCUGCAACUGCUAUCCGAACGUGAUCGGUGAAAAAUGUGAUCGAUGUGAGGAUGAUCACUACGGGUUUGAAUCAAGACGUGGUUGCACUCCUUGUGAUUGCGGCAUAGCAUCGAACAGUACUCAGUGCGAUGAUCAUAGCGGAAAGUGUGCCUGCAAACCAGGAGUAACUGGACGACAGUGCGACCGAUGUGAACCAGGUUACUGGAACUAUACAGAAGAAGGGUGUAUCCCUUGUUCAUGUAACACAGAUUACUCCAGAGGAUUGGGAUGCAACGCACAGACCGGGCAGUGUGAGUGCUUAUCCGGGGUGGUGGGGGAGAAAUGCGACUCGUGUCCAUAUAGAUGGAUCUUGAUCCCCGAAACAGGCUGCCAGGAGUGUGACGGAUGUCACCAUGCACUGUUGGAUGUCACGGAUGCGAUGAAGGCAGCGAUCGAUCCGGUUUUGAACGACAUCCGAUCGGUUGCUGAUGAUUACUACACCUCGCAAAAGUUGAAAUACUUUGAUGAUUUGGUUGACGAGAUUGAACCUACGGUUCGCAAACUGGAUCCACAUGGCGUCAAUCUGAAUCCAUCCCGGCAACAGAUUGAGGCUCUAGAAAUGGACGUUAAGAAUCUCGACCGUCGCAUUCAAUAUGCCGACCAGAACGCUAACGAUCUAUCCACGAAGAGCGAAAAUCUACUGAGAGGUUCCUCGGAUAUUUUGGAUGUGUGCAGAUUCGCAAACAUCAACACCCGAAAAACCAUCAACGAAGUGGAGAAACUCGCGGAAAACCUUGGCAAAUCAGAAACCAAUAAAAUCGAGCAAGCUCACGCAGAGGCAGUUAACUAUUUGGAACUGAUCAAACAGUACUCGGCAUCACCGGGAAGUUUGAACACGCAGUACGAUAACGCAACUGAGCUGUUGGCCAGAGUGUCCGAACUCGCACAACCCGUGUACGAUCAACGGGAUCGAUUGAACAAGCUGUUGUACAAUAUUGGCGAGUUCGACGUGAAGCUGGAGGAUUUGUACAACUGGAGUUUGAAGAUUGAGGACGAAAGUCGCACAACGGCCAAAUUGAAUGCCAAAAAUAAGGGUGCGUUGGAUUCCAAAUUUGAAACUGUGUCCAAUCAGUCACGAGAGGCCCUGGGUAACAUCGAGGACGCCAAGAAACUAAUCGACGAAUCGUCAAAGUUAAGUCUGGACAUUUUCACCACUCAUACCGAGCUAGACAACGCAAACUCCGAGCUGAAACAGCUGAACGCUAAGGUCGACAAGGAGCUGCCCGAAAACGAGAAGGAAUACCAAGAUUUGUCACCUAAAAUCCAAGAUGCCAUUGACUAUGCCGCUAACCUUAAGGAGGAAGCUCAACGCCUCACUGCAAAUUACUCGAACGUUACGGCAAACUCGGAGACGGCACUAAAGGCUGCCACCGCGUAUUCGAAGAUUGUUAAUGCUGUCAAUGAGGCGAAGAAUAAUUCUGAAAACGCUUUGAAGCCGGCAGAAAACGCAUCGGAGUUGACCGCAGGAAUAGAACAACGAGCUGGGCAGUCCGACGGAGUUUCGAGGGACUUGUUGAAUGAUGCGGUGCGAUCGCUACACUCACUGCAGUCUGAGUUGGAGCCACAUAUCAACAAAUCGGUGGCCACUGUCGAUCACAUUAAGAAGAGUAACCAGGAUAGUGACGAUGUUUUGUACUCUAUCAAUCAAUCUUUGGAUGGCAUUUCAGAGGAGUCGUACACCAAUAGUUGGGAGAAUGCGAGAGAUCAAGCGAUUGAGGCCCAAGCAAAAUCUCAGAACGCUUUGAAAAUUCUAGAUCCUAUAAUAACCGAGCUGCCGAAGGGCGUUUAUCAGGCCGAUCAGCUACCUAAGGAAAUUGACCGGACCAACAAGGAUAUUCAAUCGGCGACCAGUCAAAUCGAGCAGUACAAAACGAUGAUACCUAAGGUCGAGGCGUUGGUGAACGACGUGGAGGAAAAACAGAACAAGAUAGAUUCCAUCGUGAGUGACAUUGGUGACCGAUUGGAGUCACUGAAGAAGCAGAUUGCCAGCGCGAGGUCCCUCGCCAACAGCAUCAAGUUUGGAAUGACCUUCCAUCCGAACACAACACUGGAAAUCAAACCGCCCGAGUCGCUCUCCCAGAUGGCUACCAAUUCGACCGUGUCGGCGUACUUCAAGACCAACAAACCCGAAGGUUUCUUGCUGUAUUUGGGUAAUGAAGUGAAGCCGGAUGCGAAGAAAACAUCGCGUGACGACUACAUGGCACUGGAAAUCGAAAACGGGUAUCCUGUGCUGUCCAUUGAUUUGGGUAAUGAUCCUGAGAAGGUGAUCAAUCCGAAAUAUGUGGCGGACGACAAGUGGUACCAGGCGAUCAUUGACAGGAGUGGAAACAAUGUGAAACUGACGAUACGGGAAGAGCUUGAAAAUGGAACCGAGAUGAUCCACCCGAAGGAGCAAAUCUUACCGGGAGCCUACAAUGUGUUCAAUGUAGAUCAGAACAGUAAACUGUUUGUGGGAGGAUAUCCACCGGAGUACAACAUACCUUUGGACGUUAAAUCGGCUGAAUUCGAUGGUCAAAUUCAAGAUUUGCAAAUCGGGGGAGAGCAUGUUGGGCUGUGGAACUUUGUUGACGCCCAGAACGUUCAGGGUGGUAGAGAGCGCGAUCAGUUGCUGGAUGAGGAUAAACCAAACACUGGAUUCAGAUUUGGUGGGAAUGGCUACGUGAUGGUUGAUGCUAAAUCGUACUCUUUCAAGCACCGUUCACAUAUUCAGUUCCGAUUCAAGGCAAGCCAGGAUACACAGGAUGGUUUGUUGUUCUACGCGGGUAGAAACCGUCACUUCAUCUCAGUCGAGAUGAAACAAGGCGCCAUUGUGUUCCAAUUUAAGCUUGGUCAACAUGCGGAAGUGGUAUCGAUCGGAUCUAGCGGUAUGUUCAACGACGAUAAUUGGCAUACGGUCUCAGCUGAACGUGAAGGAGUGGUUGGCAAGCUGACAGUAGACGGCAACGCAGUCUAUCAGGAAACGUCGAACGUUCAUUUCCCUACCACCCAAGUUGAACCGCUGAGGGUUUCGGAAUCAAUGUUCUUUGGAGGGUACCCAGGCAAAAUGAAUCACUCAGAGGUUACAACUAAAGGAUUCGAUGGGUGCAUCGAUGAUGUGUACAUUCUUGGCACUAGGGUCGAUCUUAGUAUCAACCAGAAGGCUCUGGACGUUCGCCCUGGAUGUCCCAUGAAAUUCUCAUCCUUGCUGUCGUUCCCUCCGCACCAAUUUGGAUACGUUGCUCAGCAGGGAGUUGUCUCGUCGAACGGUCUUCAGGUGAACAUCAAAUUCAGGACGAUGCAGACUCAUGGAAUUCUUUUCUACACUACGAACAACGAUCAAAGCGGAACUUUUGGACUCACUCUGGAGGACGGUGUCCUGGUACUCAGAAGUAGCAAGCAGGAGAUCAACACGGGUAACAUGAAAUACAACGAUGGUGAAUGGCAUGCGGUAACCGCUACUCACGAGAAUGAUCGGCUGUCACUGGUAGUCGAUGAUAGUGAGCCUUUCAUUUCUGAUGAAGUACCCCCGCCGCUGUACAUUGGAGACGGUGAGAUCUACUUCGGCGGUCUUCCGAAGCAUUUCGUCACUCCGAAAGGAGCCAUUGUUACUCCAGCAUAUUUCUGCGGCUGUAUCCUGGAUGUAACCGUGAACGGACAAAUCGUGAACUUCGCCAACCUCAAGGAUAAGAAGUCUGCUAUUUUGGAUCACUGCUCGUCGGAUAUUUUCGGCUUCUCGAAUUUGAACCAAAUACCAUUGUACUAUCCCGAUGGCGAAAGUGAACCAAUUGUGUUCACAGGAUCACGAUCAGAUACUGAAGAAUCCAAACCUGACCAGGACAAAGACAACGAGAUCGACGAAGACGAGAAGGACAAACAGAAUCCCUGGGAAGAUGAUGAAGAACGUACCGAAAUCGAACCCCUUACUACCAUAACCCAACCGACAACGACAACAACUACAUCCACAACAACAACACCAACAGAAGCCGCACCCGAGACGACGCCAACUCCGCCCUCAACGACGACCACCAAACGUCCACGACCACCUCCGGAGAAGCCGGAACCUACUUGCAAGCUACCGAUCGUGCCUGAUCAAGAUGUCGACUUCGAUGCUGGCUAUCGCUUCGGUACGGGUCCCUUCAGUCAUAUCGAGUUCAAAGAAGUGCCACAAAAGAUCAAGAAACAGUACGAGUUCUCGCUUCGUUUCAAGACCGCCUUCUCUGAAGGUGUCCUAUUUUACGCAGCUGACUCACGCCAUACCGACUUCAUCGCACUGUAUUUACGCGAGGGAAAAGUUUUCCAUUCGUUCAACUGUGGUUCGGGAUCGGCCAAUUUCAGCUCCGAGCGUCGAUAUGACGAUGACGAGUGGCAUACCGUUCAGUUCUCCCGCUACCAAAACAAGGGCAAACUCAUCGUUGAUAGUGAAGAUGAAGUGCACGGGGAGUCCGCAGGAAACACACGAACCAUGCAGGUACAUGCCCCCUUCUUUGUGGGCGGUGUUUCUGGUGGUGAGCAUUAUGAAGAUGUCGCACUAAAUCUGAAGAUUGAUAAGAACAUUUUGGAGAAGGACCAGUUUGUGGGAUGCAUCAACGAUAUUCAGGCGUUCAACAGACCUCUGGGAGCACCUUCCAACAUCACUCAGACUAUCCCCUGUUCAUCGCAGAUAGAGAGCGGCGUGUUCUUUGGCAAGGGAGGAGGCUUCGUUAAGUUGCGCGAGAAGUUUAAGGUGGGAACCGAGCUUACGGUCAGCAUGGAUAUUAAGCCGCGUUCGCAAACCGGUUUGUUGAUGUCCGUGCACGGGAAGCGUGCAUUCUUUGUGCUAGAAUUGGUCAAUGGUAACAUCAGCUUGACGGUUAACAAUGGUGAUGAUCCGUUUACUGCAAUGUAUAUCCCGCAACCGAGCGAGAAUCUAUGUGACGGUCAGUGGCGCACAAUCAAGGUGGAAAAAUCUUUCUUCGUAAUAACAGUUGAAGUGGAUAACAUUCGUUCUGAGCCUGCGAUGGGUGACUUCCGAUCGGGAUCGACCGAUACUACAAGACCGUUGUUCCUUGGAGGGCAUCCUCAUCUACAGAGGAUCCGAGGUCUAACUGCACGUGAACCUUAUCAGGGCUGUAUCCGGAAUGUCGUUGUCCGUAAUCAGCAGGAGGAGAUUACACCAAAGAUGACAGUUGGAAACGUACAAACCGGUGUUUGUCCGACCAUCUAAGCGAACGAUACUCGAGAAAUAGGACAACCUCUUCAAUAUGAAGAAAUACGCGAACGAAAGAAGGAUAAAUGAUUUACGUGGAAUUGCAACAUAAGUUUUCUAUUAUUACUUUCUUUAUUAUUUUAUCUUUACUAAAAUUAGAGCGACCCUGUAAAAUUGAAUUUUAUGAAUGUCAAUAUAAACGCUGCGCUGAACAUAAUGACCAUGGAAAACUGAUUUAAAUUAUUUUAAGCAGACUCGAGUCAAUACAACAGUGCAUCAAAAUCAACUGAUAACACUUUGUGCCAAUUCUUCUUUCUCAUAUUUACACUUUUUCUAUAAAAUGUUUUUCAAAUCUAAAGCUGCCAUAUUUCGAAGGGUAACCUAAUUGAACCAAAAACAAAAAAACAACGUAGCAACAUAGUCUUUAAUGAUAUCAACAGAAAGUUUAAUCUAUUCUACCUUUUUUGUGUAUUUGAAACAUUAUCUUAACUAUUAAGCAGUUAGAGACAUCGUCUCGUUACCCUUUCAACAAUUAAUACUGCCAUAUAUCGAUUGUUUUGUUACCUCUCCGACAUGAAUUUCAAUCAAUACAAUUCAAAGCAUUUUUACUUGUGCCGCCAUAGACAUAGAUACAGAAA